AUGGACCUAGGAGGAGCCUUGACCAUCUUUCUGGCAUUCAGUUUGUCUUGUCUGUUCAUCUUCAUGGCCUGGAAACAAAUCAACAAGGGAGGAAAGCUGCCCCCAGGCCCCACCCCAAUUCCUUUCCUGGGGAACGUGCUGCAGGUCCGCAUCGAUGCCUUUUUUCACUCUUUCAUGAAGCUGCAGAAGAAAUAUGGCAAUGUGUUCACUGUGUACUUGGGUCCUCGGCCAGUGGUUAUUUUAUGCGGACAUGAUGCAGUAAAGGAGGCGCUGAUAGAUCAAGCAGAUAACUUCAGUGGCCGUGGAGAAAUAGCAACCAUAGAGCGGAACUUCCAAGGCUAUGGUUUGGCUAUGGCCAAUGGAGAACGAUGGAAGGUCCUUCGCCGUUUUUCUCUGACUGUCCUUCGAAACUUUGGGAUGGGAAAGCGGAGCAUUGAGGAGCGGAUUCAGGAAGAGGCUGGGUACCUACUAGAGGAAUUCCGGAAGACAAAAGGCACCCCAAUUGAUCCCACCUUCUUCCUGAGCCGCACGGUGUCCAAUGUCAUCAGUUCUGUGGUCUUCGGAAACCGCUUUGACUAUGAAGACAAGCAGUUCCUGAGCCUUCUGGAGAUGAUUAAUGAGACUUUCAUUGAGAUGAGUGUGCCCUGGGCCCAGCUGUAUGACAUGUAUUCGGGAGUCAUGCAGUAUUUGCCCGGAAGACACAAUCACAUCUAUGACUUGAUAGAGGACCUUAAGGCCUUUGUAGCGUCCAGAGUCAAGGUCAAUGAAGCCACACUUGACCUCCAAAACCCUCGAGAUUUCAUCGACUGCUUCCUUAUAAAGAUGCACCAGGAUAAAAAGGAUCCACACACAGAAUUCAACCUCAGGAAUUUGGUGCUCACCACCCUCAAUCUCUUCUUUGCUGGCACAGAAACAGUGAGCUCGACCCUACGCUAUGGAAUGUUGCUCUUAAUGAAAUAUCCUCAGGUAGAAGCUAAGAUCCAGGAAGAGAUUAUCCAGGUGAUUGGACCACACCGGAUUCCCACAGUGGAUGACCGCAUCAAGAUGCCCUACACGGAUGCCGUCAUCCAUGAGAUCCAGAGACUGACAGACAUCGUGCCCCUGGGAGUCCCCCAUACCGUCAUCCGGGACACUCACUUCCGAGGCUACUUUCUGCCCAAGGGCACAGAUGUCUAUCCACUACUUGGCUCUGUCCUCAGAGACCCCAAAUACUUCCAACACCCAAAUGACUUUUAUCCUCAGCACUUCCUGGAUGAACAGGGACGCUUCAAGAAGAAUGAUGCCUUUGUGGCCUUUUCUUCUGGAAAGCGGAUCUGCGUUGGGGAGGCCUUGGCCCGCAUGGAACUCUUCCUCUACUUCACCUCCAUCCUUCAGAACUUCUCCUUACGCUCACUGGUGCCACCUGCUGACAUUGAUAUCACCCCCAGAAUUUCAGGCUUUGGCAACAUCCCCCCAGUUUAUAAGCUCUGCCUGGUGGCCCGCUGA